AAACCCCAAAUUUGUACGAUUGGUUGAAGCAAUCUUGAGAGAAGAGAGCAGCAGCGCCAUUCUCCCCUGGCAUAAAGUCGGAAUUUCCUCCGCAAGUUGCAGGCUUCAUUUAUUGGGAGGAGCAUGAGUUUUACCGGUCCUUCGGUUGCAGCUUCUGCUGGUAGAACUGCUAGGAGGGCAUUCGACUUUGGAAGAACGUACGUGGUCAGGCCUAAAGGUAAACACCAGGCUACCAUUGUAUGGCUGCAUGGCCUCGGGGACAACGGCAAUAGCUGGUCCACUCUCUUGGAAACCCUUCCUCUUCCGAAUAUAAAGUGGAUCUGCCCAACUGCUCCUCAACAACCGAUAACUUUGUUUGGGGGCUUUCCUUCAACUGCUUGGUUUGACGUCAGUGACCUUUCAGAAAAUGCGAGUGAUGAUUUAGAUGGUUUGGAUGCUUCAGCUACGUAUGUUGCGAGCUUAUUGGCUAAUGAACCUUCUGACAUCAAACUCGGUAUUGGAGGCUUCAGUAUGGGUGCAGCAACAUCUCUCUACUCUGCAACUUGUUACGCUCUCGGGAAAUAUGAAAAUGGCAACCAAUUCUCUCCUAAUUUGAGUGCUGUUGUCGGCUUAAGUGGUUGGCUUCCAUGUGCAAAGAGUUUGAGUAACAAAUUGGAAGGUAAAAAUGAAGCUGCAGGCCGAGCUGCAUCCUUGCCUAUCCUCCUUUGUCACGGCAAAGGAGAUGAUGUAGUUGCUUACAAAUUUGGGGAGAAGUCUGCGGAGAAGUUGUCUUCCACUGGAUUUCGUGAUACGACAUUUAAAUCGUAUCCCGCGCUUGGUCACUACACUAUCCCGGAGGAAAUGGAUGAAGUUUGUGCUUGGCUAAAUUCUAAACUGGGGCUACAGGGAAUGUAGUGAAUGAUGCACUAAGUGGAAUGUUUUUGGUAAAAUGAUGCUGAAUAAAAAACAUAUUUCGUGAAAUUUAUUGAAAUGGAUAAAAUUUAAAACUGUAGCCUACUUCGGUUUUUGUUCUUUUGGGCCGACGUUAGAUGGGCUUUCUUGUAUGAUGACCCUAUCGCACGGGCGUCGUUAUAUUACUGAUUAAUGAAUUUUGUUGCUUGAAAUUACUGAUGGAUGUCUAUUUUGUUGCUU